CGCUGCACACGCAUCCUGAAUGUUUACAAACAUGGUAAUUCAUCUAUUAGUAGGGCUAAUAACUUAGGAGGGCUAAUAAUUUAUCAACUGUAUAAUAAAUGUGGCAUAUGAUUACCGAACCAUCCAAUCCCAAUAUGUGCACUACACAAGCCCCUGUAAAGUACGCAAAACCACACAUCACCCUCCGCCUUCCAUAAGCACCAACACAACCACUAAUGUAUUACAGAGAAUAUGUUGAGAAUUACAUGGAGAAUGGUCAUGGGUUAGAUUACCAGAAAACAUACAUGCUAAUUAAACCAAAUGGAAAGUGUUUUCCAAAUGGAAACAUACAGUAAAUGACGCAUUUGCAAAAGUGUGUUUGAAUUCCGACACAAGACCAUGUGGUUCAGCCUAAGGCCCAACCUCCGAAAGAGCUCAUUGUCAGAAAUGUUGUGGAAAACCAUGAUGUCACAUUAUGCAAAGCACUGGCGGAAAACGUUGAGAGCAAGACUUUGAGCUGGCGUUGAGUCUGGCAUUGAACUGCUGUAGGGUUCAGCUUAACACACUGAAGGGAUGAAAGAUUGGAGACUCAGGUACGUGGGAGUCGGUGUUUUUCCAACCUACAAGUAAUUGUUUUGAACUUUGCACCAUUUAGCAUAUGUGGGUUAUUUCCUGGACAGAUAAAGCUUAUUUUUAUUGAUUUCAAUAGGAAAGUGUCAGUGAUGGCUGUAUUUUUGACAGUGUGUGGGGAAACCCGACACAUGAUGUGACUUUUAACAAUGCUUUACUGAUAAGACACUGAAUAUUGUGCUAUUAGUUUUGUCAUCUGUUUACGUAUUUGUAUUUCUAAGAUAUGAUUGAUCAAAUAAUACUUUUGUUUAUCCACUCAAGAUUCUUUAGAGCUCAGAAUAGCAAAACAGGAGUUGUGUCCGUCACUAUUGAGAAUUCACAAAGGAGCAGCUUCAUGAAAGACUUGGAUUCUCUUCCAGAAAGAAUGAGCACGUUGUCAGAGAAGAUCAAUGGAAGUGAAGUGGAGAGCCAAAGAGAUGCUGCAGAAGACAAGAUUUUCGAUUUCCCACCAUCCUCGAUCAAUCAAAGUCAUCACGUCAGUAACACAUGUUUCAGAGCCAGACCUAAACUGGCUUCAGCUCAUGCUGUACUAUCAUCCAAACUAGAAGAGCCAUCAGAAAUGCUAACAAAUCCUUAUGAGGAAGCGAAACCAGAAGCUCAGGAAUGUGUGGAACCCCUACAGAAACCCAAAGAAGGGACCAAAGAUGAAGAUGCAGAAGAGUGGAGAGUGCAAGAAAAGGUGAUGGCAGACGGAACUUCUGUUGGAAAGGCAUCCAAAGUCACGCUCAAUGCAGCAACUAGGAAAAGCUUAUGGAGAAGCAAGAUUGAACCAAAGGAGAGGCCAAAGGAAGGGAUGCGGGAAAGGCUGAAAGGUAGUUUCGAGAGUAUCGAUGAAAGUAACGAAGGGGAUUUUGGCAGCAAACGAAUACAGAGGAAGAAGAGUUGGAGUUCAAAACAGAGGAAAACACAAACAUUUGGUUCACGGGAUGGAGAGCAUUAUAUGGUGGGAAGUAUGGAAAAAGAUGGCGAGAAAGAAGUCGUUCCACACCCUGUUCUCUCUCGGGUUCUCUUUCACUCCUCAGCUUCAUCAUCCUCCUCCUUCAACAACUCUUCAGCAGAGAGCGAUGAAGUCUUCAGCGAGAGUGAGGAUACAGUUGCCCGGAGGCAGACCAUGAAAAAAUGUCGAUCUUGGAGAACGUUUUUGACCAUGAUGCAAUGGUCCAAGCGUACACAAAGCUCAUGGAUCCAGCUAGCUGGACACCAAGGUAAUGUGAGGCUGAGUGAGGGCGGGGAGGUGCUGAAGAGGUUUUGUGAGGUGGAGGACAUCUGUCUGCAGGCCCUCAUGUCUGAUGCGCUCUGUCAAUUUGUGCCUCAUUAUUUCGGGCACAUCAGCCAGGAUGGAGAGAAAUACAUUCGUCUAGAGGACCUGCUUAGUGGUCUCAAAAACCCUGUCAUAAUGGACUGCAAAAUGGGUGUCCGGACAUACCAAGAGGCUGAAAUCAUUAAGGCCAGGAUCAACCCUAGCGUACGCACUGACAUGUAUCAGAAGAUGGUGAAAGUAGAUCCGGCAGCUCCCACUGAUGAAGAACAUGAACAAAAAGGCAUCACAAAGCUGCGUUACCUUCAGUGGAGGGAUAACAGCAGCUCCACCUCAUCACUGGGCUUCCGCAUAGAAGGGAUAGUGGUGGGGAAUGGUAAAGUAUUACGAGACUUCUACAAGACAUGCACAGAAGCUCAAGUGACAGAAACCCUGUUGUCCUUCACCAGGAGGCAGAUUCAUAUUCUAGAGGCCUACGAAUCCAGAUUACAGGCCCUGUAUGAAACUUUAAAGCAGUCUUCUUUUUUCAACAAACAUGAGAUCAUAGGCAGCUCCUUACUUUUCGUCCACGACCGCAACAACAAAGCCAACAUAUGGAUGAUCGAUUUUGGAAAGACCAUACCAGUCCCAGAGGAUGUCCAGCUCAGCCAUGAUGUCCCCUGGGUGGAAGGAAACCGAGAGGAUGGGUACCUGAUCGGACUGACCUCCCUUAUCUCUCUGGUCAGGGAAGCCAUCAAACAAGCAGGAGAGCAAAGUCAAGAGCAGACACUUUGAUAGUGCCUUUGCAUGAACUCUUGGACUGAUGUCUUUGUGUGGACAUCUAUAAGGGCUAUAAAGCGUUACAGUUAACAGUAUUAAUAAAGCACUUGUGUUGUUAUGAUUGUUUUUUUUUUAUAUUUUACAUUAAAUGGUUUAUAUACUACAA